AUGACGGUGACCACAGAUAAAGAAGGACAUGUUCAAGAUCACAUCUGUCUUGAGCCCAAGACGAUAAAAAUUGCCAGGGAUUGGAAGAAAAACAUUGGUGAUGGUCCAAAGGAUGGGUAUCUGGCAAAAGGUUUCAUGAAAUUCGCAUUUUUGGGCCGGACAAAUAGUAAAACUUACACAAUUUUUCAGUGCAAACCCCAACGUGUCACUGAAGCGCAGAACCGAAUCAAUCUGAUUGCUGAGCUGCGACUUCUAGCUCUGGGUCAAUAUUUUGCCGAGUCCUUCGCCUUGCGACUUGCAGUGCAUGAAGUAGACGCGAGUACAAGUAUUCGCUGGAAUUUCCAAGAUGCUUUUAUUGGCGAUGUUAGCUCUGGUAUGCUUCCGUGCCCCGACAUUGGUGAGGAAGACCUUCAGAGCCUGAGCUUCCCGACUUUCUUGGCGGCGCCUCUGAUCACUACGACUGGACUCUAUACUGAGCGCAAGUUCAGUGGGAGUGACGCCACUGGAAACAACCUUGAUGAAGUUGGUCGGAUUGUUGAUGCCUAUGCUCACCACGUCUUGGUGGAUAGUCAAGGCUCUUACCUUCUGACAGAUUUGCAAGUCAACUUUCUGUACAGGUGUGAGAGCGAAACAGGAUUUUGGGAUGGUGGACGCGAGCACAUCAAGACAUGGCAAAAGGAGCACAAGUGCCAGAGUAUAUGCAGAAAGCUUGGGUUGAAAGAUGCCAUCAUUGAUUUGGAAAGGCAAGACGUCACUCCUGUGCUGCAGGAACGAACAAGGCCACUUCGACUAGGAUUUUCUCCAGUGAAGACUGGGAGGGAAGAGAUUCCAUAG